UCAAAACUGAGCAGCUACACAUAUCCACAACAAAGCCACCAAACAACUCGCUCCAAAACCUCAUCGCUCUAACGACAACAAAUGGCAACUGCUAAUCCUGAAACCGCUAAAGCCACGCCUGCCUCCGUGGACACAGCCAAUCCGGAAGAUCUCAAGAAAGUUUUCGACCAGUUCGACUCCAACGGCGACGGAAAGAUCUCCGCGUCCGAGCUCGGAGGCGUUUUCAAGGCCAUGGGGACUUCAUACACAGAGGCUGAACUCACCAGCGCGCUGGAAGAUGUCGACGCCGAUCGCGACGGCUUCAUCGACGUGGACGAGUUCUCCACUCUCUGCCGCUCGUCUUCCACCGCGUCAGAGAUCCGCGACGCCUUCGACCUCUACGACCACGACAAGAACGGACUCAUCUCCGCCUCUGAGCUGCACCAGGUCCUUAACCGCCUCGGGAUGUCGUGCUCCGCAGAAGAGUGCUCUCGGAUGAUCGGGACUGUGGAUGCCGACGGCGAUGGGAAUGUCAAUUUCGAAGAGUUUCAGAAGAUGAUGACGUCAUCAUCCUCCUCCCUCGCCUACAGCAACAACGGAUCCACUGCUGCGGCAAACAGGAGUUCGACCUAAGCCUAGGGUUUUAGAUUCGUUCGAUCUGCUUAUCUGGAUUCUGUGUACACAACUGGAUCAUGUACUUUGGCAAUAGUUUUACUUUGGUUGUACUUUUAAAAAUGUAAUAAAGUCUUAACUCAUCUCUUUUCA